AUGUCCGGAAUUCAGCCUGUGGCCCUCUAUGCGGCCAAGGUCCCGCCUGGCGGUAUCCUCAUCCCUGCAGCGCCAAAUGCCUCUGCAAUGCUGCGCAUUACUAUGGCUGCUAUUGAUCCAGAUGCUUUGCCGGAGUUUGAAGACCACGAAAGUUCUAAUAAGGUCCCAAGAGCAACCUUGAAAAUCGUUCGACCUCCUCCGGGUUUAGACCUAGAUGAUGAUGACGACGGGGAUGAGGAUGAUGACUCCGACGCCGAGGAAGACGAGGAAUCUAAUGAUGAAGUAAAUGGUGGACCAAGUGACCCUGCUAAAGCUAAGAUGGCUAAGACGGCUGCUUUACUUAAGAAUUUGGAAAAUUUCAGUGACGACGAAGAUCAUUCCGACGACAGUGAAGACAUUCAAAUCAAGGCUGCUCUUUCAAGGAUUAUGAAAGGAAAAUCCAAAGCCAUGGAUGACGAUGCCAGCGAGGACUCUGAUAGCUUGGAAUUGGAAGAGGUAGUUGUGUGUACUCUGGACCCGGAACAGAUGUGCCAGCAGGCGCUUGAUUUUGUUGUUGCCGAGGAUGAACGUAUUUUUUUCAAAGUGACUGGCACUCAUACCGUCUAUCUUACCGGAAAUUAUGUCACUCCACUAGAUGAGAAUGAACCUGACGAGGAUGACGAUGAUUAUGAUCUAUCACCCGAUGAGGAUGAACUUGGUCUCAUGGAGGAAGAUGACGAGAGUGAUGAACUUGAUGACAUGGAAGAUCCUCGCAUUAUGGAAAUCGACACAGACGAGGAGCAAGCUCUCUCGAAAAAGACUGGCAAGGGUAAGAACAAGCGCGCCGCUGAGGAUUCGGAUGAAAAUCUUGAUGAUAUGAUGUCAAAGGCGAUGAAACCAGAUACAAAUGGAGAGCAAAAACUCAGCAAAAAGCAACAGAAGAAACUCAAGAAAAAUAAUGGCGACGCGGCUGAAGUGACACAGAAAGCUCCCGAGGCUAAGCAGGCAGCAGCAAAGACAGAUAAGAAGGUGCAAUUCGCGAAGAACCUGGAGCAAGGCCCGACUAAUUCUACUCAGAAAAAGAAUGGACCAAACGCGACAGAUGGCACCACCGGCACCCUGGGUGUCAAGGAAGUUCAGGGUGUAAAAAUCGAGGACAAGCGUCUGGGAAAAGGCGCCGCCGCUAAGAAAGGCGACAGAGUACAGAUGCGAUACAUCGGGAAGCUUGAGAACGGAAACGUCUUUGACUCGAACAAAAGCGGAAAGCCAUUUUCAUUCAAGCUUGGCUCGGGCGAAGUGAUCAAGGGAUGGGAUAUUGGUGUGGCUGGAAUGGCUGCUGGUGCUGAGCGAAGGAUGACUAUCCCGCCACAUCUAGCGUACGGGAAGAAGGCGUUACCCGGAAUCCCGGCCAAUUCCAAACUCAUUUUUGACGUGAAGCUGCUCGGCAUCAAAUAG